UACACUCCCCCAAAUCAAAGUUCUAAUCCCAAAACACAAACACACUCUCUUACCUUUCUCUCUCUUUAUACAUGGAUCUCAUCACUUUACUAACCCUCCUUCCAGCAUUGUACUUGUGUUUCCUGAUCUGGAACUUGUUCGAUCAGAAAAGGGACCAAGAGUGCUACAUAUUAGACUACCAAUGUUACAAACCUUCUGAUGAUAGAAAGCUAGGGACAGAGUUCUGCGGCAGAGUCAUCAAAAGAUCCCAAUCCUUGGGCCUAGAUGAGUACAAGUUCCUCCUCAAAGCCAUUGUUAGCUCCGGCAUUGGUGAGCAAACUUACGCUCCAAGAAACGUCUUCGACGGCCGCGAAUCAACCCCUACCCUUACCGACGGUAUUGUGGAAAUGGAGGAGUUUUUCAAUGAUAGCAUUGAAAAAUUGUUGUCGAGGACAGGUGUAAACCCAUCGGAGAUUGAUGUGUUGGUUGUUAAUAUUUCAAUGCUGGCGGUUCUUCCUUCUUUGUCCUCCAGAAUCAUCAACAAGUACAAGCUAAGGCAUGAUAUCAAGGUCUACAACCUCACCGGUAUGGGGUGUAGUGCUAGUCUUAUUUCUCUGGACAUUGUAAAGAACAUUUUCAAGUCGCAGAGGAAUAAGCUAGCACUCUUGGUAACUUCAGAGAGCUUGAGUCCAAAUUGGUAUUCAGGUAACGAGAGAUCAAUGAUUCUAGCCAAUUGCUUGUUUCGCUGCGGCGGUUGCGUAAUUUUGCUGACGAACAAGAGGACAUUGAAGCACAAAUCAAUGUUCAAAUUGAAGUGUUUGGUGAGAACUCAUCAUGGAGCUAGAGAUGAAGCUUAUGGUUGUUGCAUUCAAAAGGAAGAUGAACAAGGUAGACUUGGUUUUCACCUUGGGAAAACCCUCCCAAAAGCAGCAACAAGAGCUUUCAUUGACAAUUUGAGGGUGAUUUCACCCAAGAUUCUUCCAACAAGGGAAUUGUUAAGAUUCUUUGUUGUAUACCUAAUAAAGAAAAUCACAAUGUUGGGAAUAACUAACAAUUAUAACACUCUCAAGGCUAGUUCUGGAGUUAUCACAACGACGAAAUCGCCCUUGAAUUUUAAGACCGGUGUGGAUCAUUUCUGUAUCCACACCGGAGGAAAAGCCGUUAUAGACGGAAUAGGAAUAAGUUUAGAUCUGGCUGAGUAUGAUCUCGAACCGGCGCGGAUGACUCUGCACCGGUUCGGGAACACCUCAGCCAGUAGCCUUUGGUAUGUUCUAGCGUACAUGGAGGCAAAGAAGAGGCUGAGAAAAGGUGAGAGGGUGUUCAUGAUAAGCUUUGGUGCUGGCUUUAAAUGCAAUAGCUGUUUGUGGGAAGUGAUGAGAGAUCUCAAAGGUGAUCAAGAAAAUGUGUGGGCCGAUUGCAUUGAUAACUACCCACCAAAAUCAUUGUCUAACCCUUUCAUGGAGAAGUAUAGUUGGAUCAAUGAUGUUGAGGAUGAAAGCACCGCUGAGAUCCCUGAUUUUCUCAAGUAAGCUCAUCAAUCAUUACAAGCUUUUAUUAAUUUAUUUUCAUAUUCGGUUAGAAUUGUAAUCAUAGGUGUAUUUAUUUUGUAUCAUACAUCGUGUGACUCUUGUUAACACUUUCAACGUUCAUAUUGGUAAAUAUGUGAGUCGAUUCGAUGUAUGAUACAAAAUGAAUAUUUUAUAUAUUUAAUUUUUCGAUGUAUUUUUAAAGAAAGGACAAAUUAAAGGAUGGGGGACGCUUUUUUUUUUCUUUUUUACUUUAGAUUAUUUUUUCACAAGCAUUGAUGUUAAUGUGUAUUUUUUAGUAAAAUUUAAUGUAAACUAUAUACUUGCUAUUGUUUAAUUAUA